AUGAUAAAGAAGAAAACAUCGAGCUUUACUUAUGAGAUGCCGCAGUGGAUGGACAACGACGGAAAGGUCAAACCAGUCCCGAUUCAUAUCCGCGAUGACGGGGAGAUGGAUACGUUUAUGGCAAUGCGUGUAGAUUUGCACGAGCUGAAGUUCUAUGUAGUCCCACUACCAAAACACAUGACACUCCAGAUAGAUGACUUCAGCGUCAUCCCGGUGAACCAUGGUUUUGCAUAUGCAGAGUUGGUUAAGGGUGAUGGGAAGGAAAAUAGUGGAAGUGGUGAGAGAGUUCAGUCACCGGCCGGCAACAUCGUCCUCAUACAGCCACGGCAAGAAAAAGGAGAUACAAGAAAAGAGAAGUCCAUUGCUUGGCUAGGGGACGUUCACCAUGGAAGAGAUAGUGGAGCUCUAUAUUCGGGUUACGGUACAAAUCGUUAUGCGGUGAUAACAGUGAAAGUAGAUCUUUAG